AUGGCUGAAAUCGCGACCUCUGAAAUUCUCAUCUCAGAGCUGCCCACCAAGGAGGUCACGCUAGCGCCAAAGCAAGUCACCAUCGUCCGCGAAAUCCACACUACUGUCAAGCCCGGUCAAAAUGAAAUCACCAUUUACGGCCUCGACGCCCGCGUAGAUUGCGACUCAAUUCGCAUCGAAGGGUCCGGUCACGGUUCAGCGACGAUUACAGAUAUCCAGACAAGCAUCGUUCCCAACCGGAGGGAGUUUGAUGAUACUGUCUCUGACUCAGAAAGUUCAGAAAGCGACGAAGAGGAUAUCUCCGAAGACGAGGAUGGCGCCGAUGAUCCUGAGAUCCAGGCGAUCCGAACUGAAAUGGAAAAGAUUCAAGAGAAACUGGCCAUGGCCCAAAGCCGCAUCAGCUCAGCGUUUGCCAUCAUGAACAUCCUUGACAAUUACGGAAAAGGGCUACAGGCGGAUGAAAAUAAGGAAAUCAAGAAGUUGGAGGAAUUCCUGGAUACCUAUGUCGCCAGACGCGGCGCCGAGGCCAAGAAACACCACGAGGCUACGGCCGAGGUUACCAUCUGCGAGAAGGAGCUGGUGAAGAUGCAGAAGAAAAUCGAUAAACGCAAGAAAAUACUCCUCAAGGACCGAGCCGCGGCAUCGAAGGCGAUCCGGCAGCGAAAUGAGAAACGGGCCAAGGAGCGGCAACAGAAAAAGAAACAGAAAGAGCGGAAGCGUGCUGAGCAACGUCAAUUCUGGGCCACGAAAGUUGGACGAGUGGUUGUUUCGCUCGAUAGCCUGGGCCGAAGUACUGUGGUGACUCCUGGAUCCAGUCGGCGCAGCUCGAUCGGCGAGAAGACCGUUCGAGGUGACGAGACGCAACGGGAAGACUCUAGUACUGUUGAUGUCACGCUGCGCUUGAGCUACAUUGUUCCCGGAUCAGGCUGGUUUUCGCGGUACGAUCUGUCCAUCAACUCGCCCUCAUCGACGGCACGGCUGAGCUACCGCGCGGAGUUCAGGAACUCGAGUACUGAGAUAUGGCGCGAUGCUCGGGUGACGCUAUCCACGUCCCAGGCUUCAUUCAGCGGUCUCGGCGUGCGCAUUCCCACUCUGGACACAUGGAACAUCAAGCUCUCGACGAUGCUUCCAGCAAAGCCCGAUGGUCCUUCCUGGGAAAGGAUUUUGGACGCGCCCACUAAUAUAAUACCAGCGCUGCCGCCAAUCCCGAAAGCUACUGGUAGCCUCUUCGGUGCGCCGGCACCGCAGGCACCGCCAACUCGAAAUGGUCCUACAUUCGCCCAAUUGGCAGAGGGAAGCACCGAGAAAGGCUUUAGCGUAGGCUCAGGGCAAGGACCCUCGUCGGGUCCGUUAUUUGGACAAGCGUCAAACACCUCAGCCAGUGCUGAUCAGGGAGGCGCAAGUCUCUUUGGAGCUUCAUCUGCAGCAUCCGCGGCUUAUGAUGCACCUGAGCGCCCACAGGGAGGAGGCCCUUUUGGGUCCAACGCGACAGGGGGAUUCGGUUCCAAUGCACGCCCCAGCGGCAGUGGUCUGUUCGGGCGGCCAGUGCAGGAACCUGAGUCACAGAAUCAGGCGCCAAGAAGCCUUUUCGGAGGUCCGGCACCCCUCCACAACAGCGGUGGUCUGUUCGGGCGGCCAGUGCAGGAACCUGAGUCACAAAAUCAGGUGCCAAGGAGCCUUUUCGGAGGCCCGGUACCCCUCCCCAACAGCGGUGGUCUGUUCGGGCGGCUAGUGCAGGCAUCGGAGUCACAAAAUCAGGCGCAGAGAAGCCUUUUCGGAAGCGCGGCACCCCUCCCGGUCCCGGCAGCAACAGGGGGCCCCUCUACAAGCAAACCGGCAUUCGGCCAGUUGCCUAGUCAACCUAAGAAGACUGAAGAGCCGGAACACACCACCUCACUCUUUGCGUCGGAAGAAGGCGACGCAGAGGCAGAUACUCAAUCCCUCGCAUCAACCAUCGAACACCAAGACACCGUCAAACAAGACUACGGCCUGACGACGGCGUACGAACUCCCCGGUCGCCGAACCCUAGUCCCUUCCCUCGCAUCCCGCCGGCACGUCCUUGCAGAACUCGACCUCAACUCCGUCAACCUCACAUACGUGAUCGUCCCAAAACACCGCAACGCCGCGUUCCUCCGCGCCCGGAUCAAGAAUACCUCCUCGCUAACACUGCAACGUGGACGAAUGGGAAUCACAGUCGACGGCUCAUUCAUCGGCACGGUAACAUCAGAAGCAUGCGGGCCGAAUGUCUUCUUCAACAUUCCGCUUGGCAUUGAUCCAGCGAUCGAAGUGAAGUACGCAAAGCCAACAGUUAAGCCGCUUCCAGGCGCGAUGAUCUUUAAUAAAGAAGAUGGCGCCAACUUUCUGCGCUCGUGCAGGGUUAAGAAUACCAAGAGCAACGCUGUUGAUAUUGUUGUGCUUGAUCAGAUUCCUGUCCCUGUUUCGGAAGACGAGAAGCUCCGUGUUCGCGUCUUGCAGCCGGCUGGGCUGGAGAAGGAGGGCGAUGAGGCAGACAUAAAAAUGGAGAAGAGGAAGGGCCAUGGCACAGCUAGCCUGGGCAAGAAUGGCGAGGUCAAGUGGACGCUGCGUUUGGAGCCGAAAGAGGAGGUCCGACUUGUGCUGGAGUAUGAGACUAAAGUGCCGAGUGGAAAUGAGGUUAUGUCCAUUUCGGCUUGA